ACCACAUUGCCCGCGAUGUCUCUCCCCGUUGUCACCAUAGACGUCAACUAUGAAGACGAGAAGGAGAAAAUCCAGGAGUUCCUGUCUUCCUUCGUCAGUCAAGACAAGGACAUAGCUCGUGGCAUUGCAGACAUCAACAUCAACAAUGACGAUGAUACACCAGAAGGUGGGAGGAAUAAGAAGUACAUGGAACAACUACAACGAAUUGCGAAUCGUGAACAACAGAUGUUAAUCAUUGACCUGGAGGACAUCUCGGAACAACAAAAGACAGUAUCGGAGCUCGUUUCACGGAUCAUUCGCAAUACUCGUCGAUAUGUGACACUCUUCAGUGAAGCCGUCGAUCGACUCAUGCCUGUCCCGACGAAGGACAUAAGCGAAUACGACGAAGUCAUCGAUGUAAUAUUGCAUCAACGAAGAGAAAGGAACGAGAGGCUAGAAGGGACACAAGAUCGCUUCCCAGAACAUCUCCUGCGACGAUACAAUCUGUACUUCCGCCCUCUGCGUUCAGAUAUUGCCAUGGCUGUGCGCGAAGUCAAGGGCGUUCACCUAGGCAAGCUCAUUACUGUCCGCGGCAUCGUAACGCGCGUGUCGGAAGUGAAGCCUCUGCUGAAAGUCAACGCGUACACAUGCGAUGUGUGUGGCUCGGAGACGUUCCAGGAGGUCUCAAGCAAACAGUUCGCGCCUCUCUUCGAUUGUCAAAACGAAUCGGAGUGCAAAAAGAACAGUAUCCGUGGCUCGCUGCAUAUGCAGACACGGGCGUGUCGCUUCAGCCCGUUCCAGGAAGUGAAGAUUCAGGAGAUGGCCGACCAAGUGCCUGUUGGCCACAUCCCGCGAUCUAUGACUGUGCAUGUUCAUGGCAGCCUCACGCGCCAGAUGAGCCCGGGUGAUGUUGUUCAUCUCGGCGGUAUCUUCCUUCCCAUCCCCUACACUGGUUUCCAAGCGGUGCGCGCCGGUCUACUCACGGACACAUACCUGGAGGUGCACCACAUUCACCAACUGAAGAAGCAGUAUAGCGAGAUGGAAGUCACACCCGAGAUUCAACGGCAGAUCAUUCAGCUCAAGGAUGAUCCACAAUUGUACAUCAAGCUUGCGCAGAGCAUGGCGCCGGAAAUCUACGGUCACCUGGACGUGAAAAAGGCGUUGCUGCUCCUGCUGGUGGGCGGUGUGACGAAAACGCUGGGGGACGGCAUGAAGAUUCGUGGAGACCUCAAUGUCUGCCUCAUGGGAGACCCCGGUGUUGCGAAGUCGCAGCUGCUGAAAUACAUUUCCAAGGUCGCCCCGCGGGGAGUGUACACUACUGGCAAGGGUUCUUCCGGCGUCGGUCUGACCGCAGCCGUGAUGCGAGACCCCGUCACAGACGAGAUGGUUCUCGAGGGUGGUGCGCUCGUGCUGGCGGAUAACGGCAUUUGCUGUAUCGAUGAAUUCGAUAAGAUGGACGAAUCCGACCGAACGGCCAUCCACGAAGUCAUGGAACAGCAAACCAUCUCGAUCUCUAAGGCCGGCAUCUCCACAACCCUCAAUGCGCGCACAUCUAUUCUCGCGGCCGCAAAUCCACUUUACGGGAGGUACAAUCCGAAGCUCUCUCCCGUUGAGAACAUCAAUCUACCGGCGGCUCUGCUGUCGCGUUUCGACCUGUUGUUUUUGAUUUUGGACAAGCCGACGAGAGACGACGAUGAAAGGCUCGCUCAGCACGUCACCCAUGUGCAUAUGUACAACACACACCCAGAAUUGGACUACGACUUGGUCGACCCCACUCUCGUCCGUCAUUACAUCGCCUUGGCCCGGCAACAUAGGCCCACAGUGCCACCAGAAGUGUCGAACUACGUUGUCGAGUCUUACGUUCGUCUGCGUAAGGUAUCGAAGGACGACGAGGACCAGAAGAAAUCGCAUACGUACACCUCCGCGCGUACAUUGCUGGGCGUACUGCGUCUUGCGCAGGCCCUCUGCCGUCUGCGGUUCUCUGACCAAGUAGAUCACGAGGAUGUGGAUGAAGCGCUGCGACUGAUGGAGGUGAGCAAGGAGAGCCUGCACGAGGAUGAGGACGAGGAGCGGGAUCAGGACCAGUCCGCCACCAGCAAGAUUUAUCGUCUCAUCAAAGACAUGGCGGCGGACAGUAGAGCCGGCGGAAAGAGCAAACGGCGCAAGCGGAGAACUAAGCGGCUUGGGAAAGGUUCGAGUGGUGAGAAUGACAUGGAUGUUGACGAUGAGCCGGAGAGCUCGGACGAGGAGAACGCGGGCGAGCUGUCCAUGAUUGACAUUCGGGCUCGUGUGCUGAGGAGCGGCUUCACGGAGGCGCAUCUGAUGGAGACCAUCGUACAGUAUGAGGACAUGGACGUUUGGACCCGAGUCGCAAACAAUUCAAAAUUGCGCUUCAUCGAUUCUAUGGACGAUUGAUUCUCGCUGCUCGAUGUAUUACGUACUUUCCUGUCUCGUUGUUUUCGAAGGGUGCUCUGCUGUCUGUACUGAUAUGUA